UCCGGUUCUGAUUUUGAACUCGUGAGUGGUCGAAGACAACGUCGAGCUGUUGAUUAUAGAAAGCUUUAUGAUGAAAUGUUUGGAAAAGAUGCUCUUGCAAAUGAACAAGUAAGUGAAGAUGAAGAUUGGGGUCCCACAAACAGAAAGAGGAGAGAGAAAGAGUCGGAUGCAGCAAGUACCCUAAUGACUCUUUGUGAAACUGAGGACAAAAUGGGAAAAGAUGUUGCUGAAAUAUCAAAGAAUGACCCAGAAAGUAAAAGAUCGUUUUUUAGGAUUCCAUCUGAAGCUGUAGAGAAGCUUCGCCUUGUUUUUGCAAAGAAUGAACUUCCCUCUCGAGCUGUUAAAGAAGAGAUUUCCAAUCAGUUAGGUCUCGACCUUGAGAAGGUUAAUAAAUGGUUCAAGAAUGCGCGUUACCUGUCAUUAAAAAGGAAGGCGAAAGAUAAGCCAACUCAAAAUGAUGCUCCUUCUAUUUCAAAAAGAAUCUGCUAUUAAUGAAAUUUUAUCAGAGAAUAUUCCCACAAAUGCUACAAAGCAUAAUGACAAUGGAGAUUUACUUGUUUCUACUUCAACCAACAUGGUUGACUGUGAUGUAAUUGGUGGGACCCAAAGUGAUAAUCAAGAAGCCACGUCAGCAGAAGCUCAUAUGCAGAAGCUUUGUUAUUUGAAAACAAAGUUGGAAAAUCUACAAAGUAUAUUACUUGUAAGAACACCAAACAGAAGAGCUAAAACAACAGCAGCACAGUCAUCAUCUAUUGAGCAUAGCUCCACCAUCUUUGUUCCCAUUGCACAACUCAAGGAAAAACCCUAAAUGGCUACAACAAAUGAGUCACUUUUUCUAAAUAGAAAAUGUAUAACGUUAAUUGUAACAAGAGUUAAACCAGUUAAUUUUAUAUUAUGUAGCUUUAUGUACGAAAGAACAAUGAGUUUUAUAAUUAUCUUUUUACAUAGGAGUUUUAUAAAGAUAAAAUGUUACGAAUCUGAGUGUUGUGUCUUUUGACUAUUUGAAAAG